AUGGUACGAAAUGGACCGGGUAUGUUCAAAAUUGGCGAUACUGAAUAUAGACAUUGGUUUGAUGGCAUGGCAUACAUCCAGCGGUAUCAUUUUGUGGAUGGAAAGAUGUACUACUCAGCUCGAUAUUUGGAGAGCGAUGAUUAUAAGGCUAACAUGAGAGCCAAUCGUAUUAUUGCUGGUUCUUUUGGAACACGAACAUUCCCGGAUCCAUGCAAAACGCUGUUUCAAAGGUAUGCAAAAGUUUAA